UUAUUAUGAAUAUCCAGAUACAGGUGCAUCUAUGGGGCUCCGAGGUCCAGUCCAGAGCAAAUCAAUAUGUCACUCAUAGAGGUCACCCAUCCACCAGAGAAGCCACACUAGAUCCAAGGUAUUUGUCCUCCUCUUGCUAGGGCACAGAUACAUCCAGGGGCGGACUGACCAUUUGGAAACUUGGGCACUGCCCGAGGGCCUGGGGUCAUCUGCCUCUGCCUGGUACCUUUUUCAAAGGCUUUUUUGAGUUUGGGCAAGGACACAGGGGCCCCAUGGUCCCCUAUUGCCCGGGGG